CAAGGUUACUAGAGAGGCAGCUAAAUAUAUGAAAAUCAUAUAUUUUAUUUAUAUGGUUAUUUCCCUUUAAAACCUCUUAAGAUUGAUUUGUAAAGAUCGAUUAUGAAAAAGAAAAUGUGAGUUUUAAAAAAUAUGCACUUUUAGUUGGUUCGUAAUGUAGCCAAUAGAGUUGAGUCUUGAAUGUGAGUAGAACCAAUCAGAAUGUAGAGUGUUACGCGGUGGAGGAGCUCACUUCCGGGUUCGCGAAAAAUGUGCGUUCAGUUUGAGAAGCAGCUCUCUCCCGUGUGCACGCUGCAUGUGAAUGCUGUGUGGGAAAAUACUAGAGAAAAGAGAAGAAAUAUGGAGAAAUACUGUGCUUAAAACCGUUUUGAGUGUGGAUUGAAGGUAAAAGAAACUGAGUUAAAGGAGUCGAGUUACAUCCGGGUCUUUCUGGAGUGUUCUGUGAUUUUGUCAAUCUCCUUGGUGAGUUGUUUUACAAUGUUAAUGUUUAUAAAUCAUAUUGGUUUAUUUUAUGAGAAAAGAGUGUUAAAGAAAUAUAACUCUUAAGACUGAAGUAAGAGUAAAAAUGUGCAAAUAAUGAGUUUAAUGUGAUACAUUGUUACCUGUGCAGAUUGUUAAAAUAUGAGAUGGUCACAUGUAAUGAUUGCAAUACUCAAACUAAGAGAAAUGAUGUCAAAUAUUGCACAUUUAAGCAUAUGUACUUUAUUUUGAAGCACAAUAUUGAAAUUGAGUUCUUAAGUGUUGUGUAAAUAGUAUGCAAAUGUGAUUUUUGUAUUCAAUAUAAUUAAGUGAAAUGCUGAACUGAAUGUAUGCAAUAUGUAAAUGUAUGUGAUGAAGGUAUUAAUGAUUUUUCUUGGGCCUUGUCUGUUCAAGGCCAGGUUUUUUGUUUUGGGUUUUGUUUGUUCCCUUUAUCUUUCCAUGUGCUGAUGCUGGAGCUGUUGAUGUGUUCUGGAUUUGUCCCAGCCUUCUGUGAGUUUUGAGGGUUUGGACUGGCGAGCCGUCCCCGAGUCUUACUUCGAUUUUCUGUGAUACAUAGGAAAACUGUUUUGCACAUCUGAACACUACAUAUAUGGUAGGACACUGAAACACUUUUCUUGUUUCACUUGGAUGGAUUCUGUCUUCCUGUAGACAGAACACACACACAAUUCAUCUUUAUGGACUACCUAAAGGACUGAGAAACUGAAAAAAAGGGUUUACACUGAACUAAUUACAUUUCAUUGAACUAUUGUACAUUGUUUUGAAUUACAGUGUUUUUGUUUUAUACAGUGUUGAAUUUGUGGUUGAAAUAACUCAGGUUUGAAUUUUGCACUUGUUAUUUUCUAAAUCUGAAAAAGAAGUGAAUUGAGGUACCAAGAAUUUUAUUGUUGUUUUAUUUAGAGUAAAUCACUUGGUUUACAAAGAAACAAACUAUAUACAUACCUGUUAACUACUUACCUCUUGAAAGGGAAAAAGGGGUGUGAUUUCAUGCACAACAAAAAGUGUUGAGUGAUACAACUUUGUUUUUUUUAUAUCUGAAAUCAUUAUUUUGCUUUUAUUUGUACUAUUCUAAAUACAUACCUCAAUUAACAGUACUACGGUCUCUGAGUCACUGUUGUAAGUUGUUGCAGCAUCUUUCUCCGCAGCGAACCUAGUCUUCUGAAACACUGGUCCAUAGAGUCAUUUACAUAUUGUUAAAGAUCCUAAAAUUUCCUGUGGGGUGUACGGGCUAGCCGUCACGCACACGCUACAAGGAAAACUUGGCGAGCCAGCCAGGAGAUUGAAUGCUCAACAACAACAGUGAAUUCUAGUAAAAGAGACCUUUUUUUUUUCAGUGAAAUUGGUAAUACAAGAUAUACCAAUAUGGAUAUGGUAGAACGUGAGAAUGUGAAUGUAGCAAAUGCAGUCAUAGUCAGUGGCAUUACCCUGAGUGAAUCUGACCAACACUUAGAAGCAUGGCUAGUGCGAUAUGGCAGUAUUAGUCGUACCUUACUUGUUGAUGACCCCACCUCUGAGUUUCAUAGGCAUGCCAUUAUUGAGUUUGCACAAAGCUCUGCAAUGAAAUACCUGCAGCCCUUGUUGCCUUUAAGCAUUGUUAGCACUUCUGAUCCAGAUGUUACAUUCAUGGUACGUGCCUUGAGUAGUGUAUAUUCACCUUUAGCUAAAGAUGAUGUCACUACAGGAUAUUUGGAAGAACUAAAGGCCAUAGCUAGUGCUUCUGGAAAACCCUUUCAGGAAGUGCUCCAGGAGGAGCUAGAAAAAAUGAGGUCACUUAGCACCACCCCUGAGCUUCCUAGGGUGAGCGAGAGACAAGAGUGCCCUGUAGCAGACUCUCAAACUCGAGGGCUUAGUGUUGCCAGUUUGUCUAAUGACCGAGGGUCACCUGCUACGUCACAGAGAAUGAGAGACCACAGAGAUAUGACAUCCUUACCAAGUGUUUCCCCAAUGUUGAAUGCUGAACAUAUGCAAACUCAAAACCUGUCCAAGGAGAAUACUGUACCUAGUGUGGGUGGAGUCAGUAGCCCCUCAGCCACAGGAAUGCCACGCCAAUCUCUGACCAUGGAUAUAAUAGAUCCUCCUGCGGUGCAAAGAGUUGUGGUCGAACAUGUGGUAAGGACGAGUGAUAUGACAACCCAGCAUUCUUCCCUACGGCUUAGAUCUUUCUCUGGAAAAAUCCCACGUCCACCAAAUGAACCUGACUUUGAAACAUGGAGAGCAAAUGUAGAAUUCUUGCUCGAUGAUCCCUCUGUCUCAGACUUGUCCCGUACAAGAAGAAUUCUAGACAGCUUACUUCCACCUGCGGCAGACGUAAUCAAACACAUUAGUCCACAGUCAUCACCCUUGGUGUAUUUAGAGCUGUUACAGUCAGUCUACGGUUCUGUUGAAGAUGGAGAGGAAUUAUUAGCAAAGUUCAUGACAAUGUUGCAGAAUCAGGGAGAAAGGCCCUCCAGCUACUUACAUAGAUUACAGGUGAUUUUGAGUGCCACAGUGAGAAGAGGUGGCAUUGCUGAAAGUGAGCGCAAUCGCUACUUGCUAAAGCAGUUUUGUCGAGGAUGUUGGGAUAGCAGCUUAAUUGCAAACCUCCAGCUGGAAAGAAGAAAGAACAACCCACCAUCCUUUGCAGAAUUAGUAGUAUCUGUAAGAACCGAGGAAGACAGGCAGGCUUCAAAGGAAGAUCGAAUGAGGAGUCAUUUUGGGAUGACUAAACAAGGCCCAGCCCCUUCCAAGUUACGUACUGCUGCUCAUCAGUGGUCUGCUCACUCACAUGAGGUAGUUGGCGGAGCAUCUCCUGUAACAGACUCUAUGAGAAAACAGAUAUCAGAAAUUCAUGCUCAACUUGCCUGCACAAAACCAUUGACUCACCAUCGUGAAUGCUCAUCUGAAUGUUCUGUAGAUGUGGAUGUGACAUCGUUGCAAAAAGAACUUACUGCGUUACGAGCACAAGUUCAAGCUAUGGAAGCUACAGUUUCUCGGAAAGUUCAAAACAAAAGUUCAGAGCAUGGAGAAAUCUCAGAAUUAGCAAGACAGAUUGCAGAAUUAAAGGCCCACUUAACUGUCCAUGAGCCUUGUGAAUCUCAACCGGGAAGGCCAUCUGUGUUUAGAAACCCUACCACAAUGUCACGAUCCAAGCAAAUUAGAUCGGAGGAGAGUAAAUCAGUCAAUGAAAGCGGACUACCUUUAGCUCGACCUCGCCCAGGUUACUGCUUUCGUUGCGGAGAAGAUGCCCAUAUUGCCGUGAACUGUGAAAAUGAGCCAAAUCCUGCUAAAGUACAGAUCAAACGAAACCAACUGAGAGAGAAACAAGCCCAGUGGGACCUCAAACACAGAGUCGAGUGCCCACAGUUAAACUCCAAGCCGUCUCUGUAG